UAUAAACACAUGUAUGAAUGUCUGUAACGCGAACUUUACUUAUGUUUUGGAUUUGGGUUUGCUGGUUGUGAUAAGAAAACGACGUGCUCUCUCAUUUGAUUUAUUCUAAAAUUAUAAAUCCCUCUUCUUUAGGAAUCUAAGCUUGUCCUCUUCUGCCUUUGUCUCUGUUUCAAGAAUUCAAUACCACUCGCUUGAUUCCAUUUCUUUGAUAUAAGUCCGCUUUCCAUCUUUUGGGGUGAGUUUCUUUUCUUAUAUAUGAUUGUGAAUCGAGGGGUCCUUAUUUGAUUCAUGAGUUUUUGGGGGGUUUUUUUUAAAAAGUUGAAAACUUUGCAACUCACAAUCAAAAUCCUAAUUGGGAAUAUUGUAUAUAAUUCGAAAUUUUUCAUCUUUUUGGCGUUUGACAGCACAGGAACCAAAUGGGUUCUAGUGAUUUUGAAAAGUUAUUUGCUUUACUUUGAUACUGUCAUCUUCUUGUCCCUUGGAUUUAUUGUUGACUUGAGAGAUCAAAUUGUUGACUAGAGAGGAUCAAGAGAGCACAUUUAGAUUUAUAUAAUUUCAAUUGUUUUACCAAGUUUGAAUUCUUUGCUAUUGAUGCUUUUUUAGGGAUUUUCUGUUGAAAGGGUUUAGAAGGCCACCUCAAUUGCUUUUUCUUUUCUUUUCUUUUCUUUUCUUUUCUUUUUAAUCUGAAUUUCUAGUGUAAUUUGUAGCAGUAAAUAUCUGUGAUUCACAUUAUGGCGUUGGCUUAUACAAUUUUCUUUAACUUUCGGCAGCAACAAGCACAGUUCCUGGCACAGCUCGGACAGUAUUGUUGUGUAUUGUUAAGCCAAUCUGGGAACUUAAUUGAUUGUAUUCAGAAAUUUCUGGAAUGAAACUCUUAAGAGUGUAAUUGCCAAGUUGGUAUAGGAGUUAGGUGUACAGGGUAAGGAGGUGAGUUUUCUUAGGGUUGCAUGCAAAGUACCAUGAGGUUCAUAUUAAAACAAGCUCCCCUGUUUUUUCUGCUCUCUGUAGUUCUCUUUGCAUGCAUUUUGGCAGAAUCUGAUAGUGAUAAUUCUGAAAGGUUAAGGUCGGCUCCUCAUAAAAAUGUGAGAAGUAGUGUUAUAGAUGGAAGUGGUACAGAAAAUGCAGUUGAUUUUGAGGGUACAAGUGAUGGGUUGGAGGAGAGAAAGGGUGGUUAUAACAGAGUCUCGAUAUCUACAGUUGCAUUAUUUACGUUGGCCAUGGCUGCUGCCACUGGUUUAGGUGCUGUCCCGUUCUUUUUUGUGGAGCUAGAUCCUCAUUGGGAAGGAUUGUGCGGUGGGACGGCUGCUGGUGUUAUGCUGGCUGCUAGCUUUGACCUCAUACGGGAAGGGCAAGGCCAUGGUGCUGGCAGUUGGGUUGUGAUUGGGAUUUUAUCUGGUGGAAUUUUCAUUUUGCUGUGCAAGAAGUUUCUUGAACAAUACGGGGAAGUAAGCAUGUUAGACAUUACAGGUGCUGAUGCAACUAAAGUUGUUCUUGUUAUCGGAAUCAUGACUCUCCAUUCAUUUGGGGAGGGUUCUGGUGUUGGUGUCUCUUUUGCUGGCUCAAAAGGCUUUUCUCAAGGGCUUUUGGUAACUUUGGCCAUAGCUGUGCACAACAUACCAGAGGGGCUAGCUGUGAGCAUGAUGCUUGCAUCGAAGGGUUUUUCCCCGCAAAAUGCAAUGUUGUGGAGUGUAAUCACAUCCUUGCCUCAGCCCAUCGUAGCUGUUCCUGCAUUCAUGUGUGCUGAUGCAUUUAGCAAGUUCCUUCCUUUCUGCAUGGGCUUUGCUGCUGGAUGUAUGAUCUGGAUGGUUGUUGCGGAAGUGCUUCCUGACGCUUUCAAGGUAAUUUCUUCCAAUAAUCUUUUGUUUGAAACAUGUCUACCAUUUCUAGUUUCUGUCAUUUCUGUAUAUUGCAGUUCAGAAGAUGCUUCAGGCUUCUUUGUUUCAUUGCUUUUUGGUCUUGGGCCAUUGCUUGGUGGCUUCAUUCUUGUUGUAUUUGCUCUUGCAUUCCAUCUUCAGCAUGCCCUCCUCAUGGGUGCUGCAUCUGGCAUUGCCUUUGUCCUUACUGCGUGGCGACCUCUGCAGCUACUUGUGUCUUCAAAGAUGGGGUUUUUCCCCCUCAUAUCUUUGCUUGCACUGGGAGCAGCAUUUGUCCAUGUUUCAAGCUCCAGCAUUUUGAAAAUUGCAGGUCGCAAAAAGGCAUCAGUGAACAAUUUACCAACAGUAACGGGCUUUCCGGUGAGUGUUCACACACUUCAGUCUUUCUUGUCCUGUGGAGCGGUUGCCUUUCAUGCAUUGGCUGAGGGGCUUGCAUUAGGAGUGGCUGCACCAGAAGCUUAUGGACUUGGUCGGCACAUGGUCCUUCCUGUCUCGCUACAUGGACUCCCUCGCGGUGCAGCUGUUGCUAGCUGCAUCUUCGGUGCUACUGAUAGCUGGCAUAGUGCCCUAGCAGCGGCAACUUUAAUUGGGUUUGUGGGUCCAAUAUCUGCUAUAGGAGCAAUACUUGCAAGAAUUGACUACAGUGGUCUGGAUCAUGUGAUGGUCUUCGCUUGUGGUGGAUUGCUCCCUAGCUUUGGAAGCAUAAUUAGAAGAGGAGUAAGGUUGGAUACGCGGAGAGGGGGUUUCGGGUUGGCAGUUGGAGUGGGGUUUGCUAGUUUAUGUUUAAUGUGCACUAAGCUGGUUUGCUUGCACACUCCUUAUUGCAAUUCUGCUCCUGAAGCUGUCAGAUGAGAUGAUCUCCUGUUAUAUUCAGUGGCAGAGGUGGCAUGCAUAUGCUGCAGCUAGCAUUUUGACACAAAUGAUAGACACAAGCAUGCAUAGAUAACUUGUAGAGUAGAGUAUGUGGAUAAGAGGAGAUAUAAAGGAAAGAUAUGGUGGAGGAUGUGUCCUCUCACGUUGUACAAUAAUUUUUUUCAUCAAUUUUAAAUUUUUCUAUUCAAA